AUGAUGCAGGAGCUGGUGGCUGGCGUGGAGAAGAUCAGGUUUGACUCAGAGGCUGAUGGCUGGGCAGUGGGACAGGCUGGCGGUGACAGGGCUGUCCCAGGUGUGCAGGGCCACCCCCGGCACGGCGGGGACAAGCCCGCGGUGUGCAAGCAUUGGCUGCGAGGGCUCUGCCGGAGGGGCGAAGGCUGCGACUUCCUGCACGACUACGAUGCCACCAGGAUGCCCGAGUGCUAUUUCUACUCCAAGUUCGGUGAGUGCAGCAACAAGGACUGUCCCUUCCUGCACGUCGGUGCCACCGCCAGCGCCCUGGGCUGUCCCUGGUACGACCGUGGCUUCUGCAGGCACGGUCCCCUGUGCAAGUACAAGCACACGAGGAGGGUGAUGUGUGCCAACUACCUGGUGGGCUUCUGCCCGGAGGGACCCAAGUGCAAAUUCGUGCAGACGCUGGAUGUCCAUGGGGGCUGGUUCAGCGGGAUCUGGCUGCUGCAGAGGAGAGGGGAGGUGAGCAUGUGCCACCCAAGGAGCCACCUCCACGUGGCACCCAGCCCCUGGCAGCUCGUCUGUGGGACAGCAGUGGCUGCCCCCCGAGCCCACAGAGCCUGCUGGGAGGAGGCAGCUGCUCCAAGGGGCUGGUCCAGCACAAAGCCAUUCCCUGUGCCCCCAGAGCGGAUCAGCCAGUCCCUGUGCCAGCGAGAGAGGGAGGACUCCACUGGAAAUGCUGCUGGGGAAGUGACUCCAGUGCUGCCACACGGCUCAGGGGACGGGGACACCACGGACACGGCACCGGGGCGGGCCCUGGGCUAG